CCGCCAUCUUGGCUGAGGGCAGUUCCGCCCGCUCCUCAGAGCGCCCCGCGUUCCCUCCUAAAUCCAGCCGGGAACGGCGGAAUCCGCCUGGAAAUGGCGGGAUGGAGCCUAAACCCGCUGGGAUGGAGCCUAAACCCGCUGGGAUUCAGCCUGAAAACCUCCCCACUCCAGCCUGGCGUUUCCCAUGGAUUGGGGCGGUACAGGUGAGGGGCGGGGCGGUGACGUCACCGCCCCGCCCCUUCCCGGCGGCUCCCGAUCCCGCUCGGGCAUUUCCGCGCGCGCCUCGCCCGGGGCCGGUUCUGGGCCGGGAGCGGCGCCGGGCCCGGGGCUCGUUCGGCACCGGAGCGGCCCCAGAGCGGCCCCAGAGCGGCCCCGCCGGGUCCCCAGUGAGCAUGGAGGACCAAGAGGUGCGACCCGACCCCGCCGGGUCCCCAGUGAGCAUGGAGGACCAAGAGCUGCUGAAGCGGCUGGUCGCCGUGGUGGCCACGCUGGGCACGGUGGUGGCCGCCGUGACCGGGCAACACAGGGACGUGCGGCGGCGCCUGUCCCCAAAUUUCCUGCACGCGGCCCUGGGGAGAUUCACCCAGAGCCUUCGUGAGACCCUGGACCACGGCGAUGUCACCUCCCUGGGCCACCGUGGUGUCAUCUCCCUGGGCCAGGCCCUGGCUGCCUUUGAAGCCACCCCAGAGGCCUGGGACAAUGUGAGAGCAGCGGCCGAGGCCUGGCGGAAGUUGGUGGCCACGCUCAUGGGGAGCUGGGAAAAGCUGGCCAAGGAGGCCACCAAGCUUUGUGAUGCCUGUGAGCACAUGGCCCCCACCCGGGCCAGGGAGCCGCAGGACGAGGCUCCCCACCGAGGGACAGCUGGGGACAACCUGGCGGCCACAGCCCGGUGGCCGCCAGUGGCCCUGGACAGGGAGGAGGUGGCCACGCACGAUGCCCAGGAGGCAAUGGCCACCGAUGAGGAGGAGGCAGCCAUGAGUGAGGAAGAGCUGGCCAUGAGUGAGGAGGAGCUGGCCAUGAGUGAGGAGGAACUGGCCAUCAGUGAGGAAGAGCCAGCCAUCAGUGAAGAGGAGCUGGCCGUCAUUGAGGAAGAGCUGGCCAUGAGUGAGGAGGAGCUGGCCUCCAAGCUGGCCCUCACUGAGGAGGAGGCAGCCAUGGGCAGGGAGGAGGUGGCCACCAAUGAGCCCAUGGGAGAGGCCAUGGUGGCCACCAGGAAGGGACAUUGGGCAGAGGCGGCCCUGGAGCCGCUGAAGCGCUUGGUGGCCGCGUGUGACAGAGCCACGUUGUUCCUCCAGGAGCUGCAGUGGCUGCUCAAGGAGUUCGAGGCUGAUGUGGAGUGGGCAUGCACAGACGAGGAGUUCCCCAGUGUCCCCGAGGCCUUGGUGGACGAAGCGGCCGAGUUUGAGCAGCUGUGGGAUGGCAGCGCCCGCCUGGCCGAGGGUCACCUGCUGCGGAUACUUGAGCUCAUCGACAACCUCCUCUUGAAUCCCUAUGCUGGCCCCGGUGGUCCCGGUGGCCCCGGCAGCCGCGCAGUGGAUGAGAGGUGCCAAGAAGCCAUCAAGGCCAUCCCGAGGCUGCUGCGGGGACAGUGA